AAUCUCGCGAGAGUGUGAGCGGAAGAUGGCAGAUGGCUCUUCCUCGUAGGGUGUGUGAGUGUGUGUCGUUUGUUUACCGUUAGAUGCGUCGCCCCGGUGCGUGUUUCAUUCCCGUCCUUCUCCGUUGAGUCACCGGACAGUGUUCAUGUUGUGCGGGCUGGUGUUUUCCACCGCUCAUCUGUGUAAAUAUGACGGGAGAGAAGAUCCGCUCGGUGCGCAAAGAGCGCAAGGCGGGUUUGGAUCUGCUGGAGCCGGACGAGGAACCGGCGGCCACCGGGCCGAUAAAAGCCAACCGAGGCAGCAAGAUCUUCAGCGGCAGCAACCACAAGAUCACCCGCUCCAGUUCUCAGCAGAACCAGAACCACGGGGACACUGACAGCGCGUACCCCGUGCAUGAGUGUGUGUUCAGGGGAGACGUGAGGAGGCUGUCAUCGCUCAUCCGAAGUCAGAACAUCGCGCAGAAAGACGUCCACGGAAACACUCCUCUUCAUCUGGCGGUGAUGAUGGGGCAUAAAGGUGAGUCGCUCGGCUCCAGGAAAGCUCAGGGCUGGAUCCUCAUGAUCAGGAGUUUUGGACAAAGCACACAACUUCCUUACUUGAGAGAAA